AUGCCUCCCUCCCCAACACCAGACACACAACUCGAAUCCGACCUCCUCACACACCUCGCAAGCACACACGCCCUAGAAGAAAUCCACACUACCCUCCUCUCCUCACUACAACGCCUCGGCUGGACCGAGAAAAUCCGACGGCUCUCGCUGGAGCUACUGCGCGCGAACCGCUGUGAGCGAUUCGACGAGGUCGUCGAGGCCGUCGUUGCCUCUGCGCAGGGGCGGUCACAUCCGUCGCUAAGCGAUUCUGGCGCGAAUUCUCAUGGCGCGCAUACGAAUGGGGAUACGGAGGGUGGCGGAGAGGCGUACUCGUUUGAGGAUGUGGAUGUGAGGAUCCCGAGGAGUGUGGUUGAGCAAGGGGUAAGGGCGAUCAAGGAUGUUUUAAGAGAGGUUGUGAUUCUUGAGGAUGAUGGGGAUACCGAUAGGGCGAGUGGGAGUGGGAGCGGGAGCGGGAGUGGUCGUCCGAAUGCAGGUAUUGCUGUUGAGAUCGGAGGGAGUGGAGAUGUUUCGACAGGGAAAAGGUCUGUUAAUGGGGAUUCAAGUCCGGCGAAGAAAGGGGAGAAAAAGUCGAAACAGGCCAAGCAGGCGAAGUGA